AUGAAUUGGGAUAUUGAUAUUGCGGCCAUGCUAUCGCUCUUCCGGCUAGAUAGCUUAUGGGAAGAUAUGCAACGAGACAGAAAGAUGAAUCCAUUUCACCUCGAGAACGACCACCCUUUCGCCGCGUCAAGGGCGACCAGUUUCGCAGUCCACCGACAUCUACUCGUAGACACGCUUCCCGAGAAAGACAGUGUGAAACGAGGAGUGGCUGGGAAGAAUCUUUGA